AUGAACAAUCACGAUCAUAACGACCCCUUUUAUAAAUUAAUUGAAAAACAAACUAAAGAGUUUGAAGAAUAUAUAAGAGUGAGUUUAGAUUUACAAACUACCUAUAAAGAAUAUUUGGUUCAGCAAAAUGAGAGUAAACAAAACAAUUCUAUGGAUACCUUGGUUGAAAUCAAAAAAAUCUAUGAGAGAUAUGACGAGAAAAUUGAUACUCAAUCAAAAUUAAUCGAUUCUUUAAAAGCUCGCAUUGAAGAAUUGGAAACGGACUCGAUUAUUAAAAAUCAAGAUAUUAAAAAGCUUCAACAAGAAUUUAUUGAUUUCAAAAAUAGAGAUAAGAAAAGUAAUACUUUGAGUAAAAAUGAGAAAGAAAACGAGGAUUUGAAAACCGUUAAAACGUUGAUUGAUACAAAUAUAUCGAAUCCACAAAAUUUCGAGGAUGUACAAGAAAUGUUCAAACAAUUAAAAUCUUAUCAUAGAGCAUUAAUCAUCGCGGAGCGAAAAAAUCUUGCCCGUAAUGAACGUAUCCAAGCUUUAGAAGGCUUAUUAAAAGAUUCACAAAAUCAACUAGUUACCCAGAGUCAAAG